GCUUUGCCGGAUUGGUCGCCGGAGCAUGCAGUAUGGCGAUAGGAGAAUUUGUCUCGGUUUACUCGCAAUUGGACAUAGAAGUGGCUCAGAUGAAAAGAGAGAACAGAUCGAGAGAUGGCAGCGAGAGCAAUGAAGAAAACAAGAAGGAGAAACUACCGAAUCCAUUCCUGGCUGCGGCAGCGUCCACCCUCACCUUUGCCAUCGGAGCUAUGGUUCCGCUGCUGGCCGCGUCCUUCAUCAAAGAAUACAGAGUGAGGCUGGGGGUGGUGGUUGCAGUCUCCAGUUUGGCGUUGUUGGUAUUUGGAGGUCUAGGGGCGGCCAUAGGAAAGGCACCGGUGGGGAGGGCUUGUUUCAGGGUUCUAAUUGGUGGGUGGUUGGCUAUGGCCAUUACUUUUGGAUUAACAAAGCUUAUUGGAUCUCAAGCACUAUAAGCCUUUUUUUUUUUUUUAAUUUCUCUGUAUCAAACUAGAAAAGGUGUUUGUCAUAUUUUGUUUCUUCUGUAUCUUUAAUCUACCAAUGAUCUCUCUUGUUGUUGUAGAUCUGGAUCUACAAAACAGGAUUAGAUUAGAGAAUUUGAAGAAGGCAUAG